AUGUUCGACCACAGCACAUUUGCCGAUUCCGUGAAAUUGAAAAAGAGCGAGAGCUCUCAGCGAGAAAAUAUGGCGGUGUUUGUUUCCUGCGUCUCAAAGGAAGCUGUGGAUGGCGGAAUGACGACCCCAUACCUCGCCCUAAAUACUUGUCUCGAAGAGACCGGGAAGGUCGCCCGCAUUGCUUGCAAGAAAGUUACAUCAAUGUUGGAGUCUUGGGUUACAAGAGGAACCGGGUCAGGCUCACACUCCUUCACAGCCAUAAUUUUAACUCGACCAAAUCAUCGACAGUCGUUCCGAAUUGCCUGCGUCGUCGGUGAACGAAGAGGAAAAGAGGAAAGAAACAAACAGGAAAGAUGCAAGAGGAAAGCGGAAAGAGGCAAGAGGAAAGCGGAAAGAGGCAAGAGGAAAGAGGAAAAAGAAACGAGGCAAUAUGAAAGAAGCGAGAGGAUAGAGGAAAGGCAAAGAGGAAAGAAGCAGGAGGAUAUAAGCAAAGAAGCAAGAGGAAAGAAGCAAAGAAGCAAGAGGAAAGAGGAAAAAGGAAAGAGGCAAGAUGAAAUAAGCAAGAGGAAAGAGGAAAAAAGCAAUAAAGCAAGAGGAAAGAGGCACGAGGAAACAAGGCCGAAGGAAAACGUGGGGAAUGGUUCCUCCUCCUCCUCCAACUUCUCCUCCUCCUUCUCCUCCUCCUACUCCUCCUCCUCCCCCAGAUGGCACCGCCCACUAUCCCAGGAACUGUUGAUGGAUUUCUUAAGCCGUCGAAGUCUUCAGGAGCCUUCUGUUAAUCCAAGUCAUUUCGAAGGCUCCGUGAGGAAUCUCCCGAAGCAAGAAAAAUGGCCUCGGAGCCAAAAUGAGGAUCUAGGCAAUUCACGGAGUUCUAGUGUCAUUUUCUCAUUCGAACGUUUGGAUCGGGUGGAAAGAAAGUGCAUUGAAGACCAAAAGGCUCUCCAGAUUGGUCAAGAUGCUACUGCACGGAAGAACGACGACCACCUUUACUACGCUACGGAAAUGAUCUCGCUUCUGAAGGAAGAGUGGAAGGAUGCAAAGGAGGAGAACUAUUUUCUCCUAGAUGAAUUGGAAGAGCUGAAUUUUAACGAGGCUGCUACAAUUAGAACUAAUCAAGAUUUACUCGACGAGUUCAUGGAAGAAAGGCAUAACGAGAGACAAUGUGAGAGCCAUCGAGAAAAACUGGAAGAACUCCAGAAUCAAGCAGUGGACAAUGAUUUCUACUGUGGUUACCUAGAAGAGAAGGUCAAGGCCCACGAGACCGAAAGAAAGAGGCUGCUCCAGGCGACGGCACAACUCGAGGAGAAAUUGCAAUUCUCGCAGCGAGAAGUAUCUGGUCUCACAAGAAAUCACGAUCUAGAUAAAAACCUCAGUAAUCAGACGCGACAGAAUCUAGGCAAUCAGAAGAACGCCCAUAUCCAGGAAACCCCAGUUCAGCCGCUUCCAAAGGAGAAUGAAAAAAUGAAUGAUAAAUUGGAGCAACCAGAACGACCAGUUACCGUGUUAAAUAAUUCUAUGGCUAAUGAUAAGAAUAAGAAUGAUGCUUUGGUCGAGGAAAACAAGGUAAAAGGAAACAUGCUCUAUAAGCUUGGACGGCUGGAGGAAGCAAGUGAAUGUUUCCUCAAGAUACUGGAUAUGGACGACGACCAAGUGGACAUCAGGCUAAGACUGGGAUUAUGUCUCUUGUUGCUUGGCAGACAUAGCGAAGCUGUGAUGCACCUUGAGAAAUUAGAUAAUCGAGAAGAUUUGGUUGCGGCUGCCAAAGCCCUGCAAAGAUUGCAACGUCACGGCUGCCCCUACUACAUCCUAGGAAUUGCAGAGGAGGCUAGUUUGAAGGAAAUAGAGUGGGCCUACAGGAAGCGAGCUCUCAAGUUCAACCCUGAUAAGUGCCACGGGUCUAACGAAGAGCGACAACGCAGGACGGAAAUCAUGCAGAAGGUCAAUUAUGCCAACGACCUCCUACAUGAUGUUGAUGAAAGAGAAGAAUACGACACUGUCAGGGAGUUCAUCAAGGACCUGGCAGCUGCGGUGUUUCUAGAUCCUCAGGAGACAAUGAAAGCAAAGAGGAAGAAACCUGGAAGGACAAGGAAGAGGACGAGAACUAAAGGAAACUAA